CUGCUGGUGGCGUGUGCCGUGAGGGCAAAUGUGAGCUAUGGAAGAGGAUGGAAUGUGACCUCUGGUGGUUUUCUUUCUAUGGAGGGGAUUUCUAGGGACAGUUUCUGGAUCCCAUCCUGUGAGAAGCUGCAUUAUAUGUGAUUUGCACUGUGCCAUGCUUUCCCCUACUGGAAAAGCUAUAAACUGCAGCUUUAGGAAAAGGGAGGCUUGGCUGAGGUGGGGAUUAUGGACAGGGUUUAGGGUAAAGGAGGUGAGGCCACCUAGUUAGUACCUGGGGAGUGAGAGAGGGGAGGGGGGUUAUGCGGAGAGAAUGGAUCCUGCUCCAUGGCUGCGGGAUCACCAGGACCUUUCUGGGACUCUGGCCUUCCAGCUUUCCUGCUGCUUCCUCCUUGAUCUAGGGGAGGGGAUGGCUCCACGUGCCUCUGGCUUCCUUCUCCCGAACUGCCUGCUUAGGCCACCGUGGAUUGCUCAGUCACCUUCUCACCUCUUCCUUUUGUCUAUGUAAUGGAUAUGAAGAAGAUGCAUGUGGGGAAAGAGACAACCUGUGAUGGCAUCAGGAAUUUAGCUUUUGAUGCCCUGUGUCCCAUCUCAAGAUUUCAGCUGCAGUUGUGGUCGAAGCUCAGACUGUCACUGACAGUGAACGACUACAUGAGUGCAAAAGUCUGCUCUCCUGCCUGGCAGUCUGAUCUGAAGCAGCUCAGUCAGCUGCCUAACAAGUAUAAGCUGCAAGUGUGUUGCGGAGUUUUAAUGCUUCCAGGACAACGCUGAAUGGGGAAUGCAAGCUGGGCAUAAAUGUCUUCCCUUUUUCUGGAAGACAUCCUGUGUAUUUCUCAGAGGUUCCUGAUGCCUUCUGAAGGGGCUCAAUAACAUACUUACUAGCUUUCCUCUUCCUUCCCUUCCCCUGCUGCUUCAUUUCUGCUUCUGAGCUGACCUCCCCAGUACAGGAUUACCUAUACCCAUGCACUUAACUUGGGCUCUGCUUUGGCGGGAACCCAGACUGACACAAUACUGUGUUCUGGCUCCCAAGGAACCCCCAGUUCAGGCUGUUGACUAGGCAGGGGCCUUUCACAUUCCCUUUUAUCAAUCUACUAUGUGCCCCUCAAAUUUCUUCAUUUCUGGGCUUUGGCUAACCUCUGUAUCUGUACAACACUUUACAUACAUCAUCUUGUUUUACUCCUUUCAGUCAGCCUAGGAGGUAGGCGUGCGGGAGUCUUCUUUUCAGUAUGUCUCCACCAGUGCACUCUUUCCUUUCUUUUGCCGCUGGUACAGCCUGGUAAUGUGGGCUCUUCAUGGGUGUGUGUUAUCAUUUCUCAACCAGGGUAUAAGUCCCUUGCACCUCCAUGCACCUCCUCUUCCCCCAGAACUUAGGCUUGUGCUUUAUACUGAAGGCUGUCAUUGACAUCCCAGUGAGAGCUCUGGGGGUGGAAUGGCUGGGACAGGACCUAAGGCAAGGGAUGAGAAGGGUAGAUGGGAAGCUGAGGAAAAGGGGGGCUCAUCAGGGUCAGGAGUCUGGAAAUAGGCAAAGAUAGAGCAGUUGGGGGAUGAGUAGUUUGGGUCACCCUCUCUGCUGAGUGCAGUCCAAGGAGGCCAGAGAGCACAGGGCUGUGGGAUUGGGAUGCCUGGGACCAGGACUGGGGGAGGGAUAUGGGCAGAAGCAGGACCCAGGGUCAGGAUUCAGCAGUGUCCCUACUCAUAUACAGGACCAGGGAACCUUAUCUGUACCCGUUCAUCUUACCCUGUUUCCUGGGAGGCAGGAUCUCACAUGCCUGGAUGUGUUAGUGAUGGGAAGGAGUAUCGUAAGGGAGGGGCCCUUCCCCCAAGAGGAGCCCCACCUUGUCCCUCCCCAUUCUCGCUCACACUCGCCAACCUCAUAGGCGUAGGAAGGAGUGUCACCUUGCUCACUGCUGCUUUGCCUUUCUGCUUCACCAGGCCACCUGCUAGCCCACAAGCCUACUAUCUCCUAGCUGGGCGCAGAAGGAUGUCGGCCUGCUACCGUCCCCCUGGGAACGAGACCCUACUGAGCUGGAAGGCCUCGCGGGUCACAGGCACCACCUUCCUGCUGCUGGCGGCGCUGCUGGGGCUGCCGGGCAAUGGCUUCGUAGUGUGGAGCUUGUUAGGCUGGCGGCCCACACGGGGGCGACCGCUAGCAGCCACGCUUGUGCUGCACCUGGCGCUGGCUGACGGCGCAGUGCUGCUGCUCACGCCGCUCUUCGUGGCCUUCCUGAUGGGGCAGGCCUGGCCGCUGGGCCAGGCGGGCUGCAAGGCCGUAUACUACGUGUGCGCGCUCAGCAUGUACGCCAGCGUCCUGCUCACCAGCCUGCUCAGCCUGCAGCGUUGCCUCGCCGUCACCCGCCCCUUUCUGGCGCCGCGACUGCGCAGCCCGGCUCUGGCCCGCCGCCUGCUGCUUGCGGUCUGGUUGGCCGCUCUGUUGCUGGCCCUCCCGGCCGCCGUCUACCGCCACCUCUGGGGGGACCGUGUGUGCCAGCUGUGCCACCCGUCGCCGGCCCACGCUGCUGCCCACCUGAGUCUGGAGACUCUGACUGCCUUCGUGUUUCCCUUUGGGCUGGUGCUCGGCUGUUACAGCGUGACGCUGGUGCGGCUGCGGGGCGCCCACUGGGGCACCAGGCGGCACGGGACGCGGGUGGGCCGGCUGGUGAGCGCCAUUGUGCUCGCCUUUGGCUUGCUCUGGGCCCCCUACCACGUGGUCAACAUUCUUCAGGUGGUCGCCGCACUGGCUCCGCCAGAAGGCGCUUUGGCGAGGUUCGGUGGUGCCAGCCAGGCAGCGAGAGCUGGAACUACGGCCUUGGCCUUCUUCAGCUCCAGCGUCAACCCGGUGCUCUAUGUCUUCACUGCCGGGGAUCUGCUGCCCCGGGCAGGUCCCCGCUUCCUCACACGGCUCUUUGAGGGCUCAGGAGAGGCCCGCGGGGGUGGGCGCUCUAGGGAGGGGACCAUGGAGCUUCGAGCUACCCCUCGCCUCAAAGUGGUGGGGCAGGGCCGGGGCAAUGGAGACCCUGGGGGAGGGGCAGGGAAGGACAGUCAAGGAUGGGACCCUUGAUGCCAAACCCUACAACUGGGUCUGCCCUUCCCCGUCCCUUUCUAUCUCCACUGCCCCCCCCUAGCC